AUCAAUACAGUUACUGCUUUAUAUUCAGCCUUUGAACCAAAUAAAGAGGCAAGAGUGCUAUUCCAGUGCCAAAUUUGACUAUUAAGAGAACUGAAAACAAUAAAAGUAAUAAUGAGAACUGCCGAUUUGACCACGUAAACUUCAACAACUUUGAUUCUUUAGCGUUGGGUUGUUUUUCUUUCUUUUCUUCUGCUUCUCCCUGCAGUCUGCAACUCUGAAGGCUAGAUGCAUUUACACAACCUUUCUCCGUGAAGACCGCCUUGCCCCAAAUCCAAUUUUUUUUUUUUUAUUAUCUCUUAAAAUGUGACACGCUGACUUCUGGCAUCGCCGUGAUUGGGGAAACCCGUAACACACCGCACCGCGGAGUUACGGGUGCCUUAUUUACAGGCUUGUCUUUUUGUUUGCCCAGGGUUUGGGGACAGGUUUGCUCCGCGGUGCCGCCGCCGCAGCCCCUCGGUCCCCGCCGCGGUGCCCUCGCUUCACAACGAUCGUUUUUCGCAUCUUGCUCGACCCAAAGAAACGACGUUUUCACCCAGCCUAAGCCGCGGCCCACCUGCAGAUGCCUGUCUGUAGGACUUCUAAAGUUAUUUUUCUUCACCUUUCCCACACCAGGCCGAAGGGCUUCGCUGCCGAAAUCUUUCAGGUUCAGCUCUCCCUGCCGAGAGAGGCUUCCCGAGUCCGGCUGCCCCAACUCCCGCCCCGGUAUUUACCCCGACCAGGGCCCCGCUCCCCAAGCCCGAGGAGACAAGGCCGGGGGAAGGCGGCGGCCCUCGGCCCACGCCUCACCCCCGCAAGCCGCGGGGCAGCGCAGGGCAGGGCAAGCCCCGGCUCCCUCCCCGCCGCCCCCACAUCCGCGGGGCCGCUGGGGGAGCGGCGGCUCCGCUCGCCUCCACCAUGUUGGCUCCGUGCGCGGCGGCGCGGAGGAGGAGAGGGGGAGCCGCCGCCUGCCCGGCUCUGCGGGGGCCGCCCGGCUCCUCCCCGCAGCCUCCGUCUCCGGGCGUGGGGGCCGCUGCCCCGGCCGGGAGGGGCGGCGAGCCGGGCCCGGGGCGCAUGGGGCGGCCGCGGGGGCGGAGGGAAGAGCGCCGCGGAGGAGGGGCCCGCGGUGCCCGCCAGAGAGCCCAGCCGUAGGGGCGGGGAGUCUCCUCCUCCUCCCGCAGCGAGGCUCCGGCUCCCCGCACGCACCGGAGCGCCCGGCUCCCUCCUCCUCCUCCUGCUCCUCGUCCCUCCUCCCUUUCCCCUCCUCCCCCCCUUCCCUCCCCGGGUCGCCGCGGCUCCGGGAGGAGCGGGGGGGGUCCCCCGCUUCCAUCCCUCCCCCCCCUCCUUCUCCCACCCGCCACGCCGAGGAGAGGCAGGAGCAACCAUGGGGUGCAUUAAAAGCAAAGAAGAUAAAGGUCCAUCCAUGAAAUACAGACCUGAUAAUACUCCGGAACCUGUUAUUUCCCACGUCAGCCAUUAUGGAUCAGACUCCAGCCAAGCAACACAGUCACCGUCAAUAAAGGGAUCAGCAGUUAAUUUUAAUAGUCAUUCCAUGACUCCUUUUGGAGGGCCCUCAGGAAUGACACCUUUUGGAGGAGCAUCAUCUUCAUUUUCAGCUGUGCCAAGUCCAUAUCCUAGUACUUUAACAGGUGGUGUUACUGUAUUUGUGGCCUUAUAUGAUUAUGAAGCUAGAACUACAGAUGACCUUUCAUUUAAGAAAGGUGAACGGUUCCAGAUAAUAAAUAACACGGAAGGAGACUGGUGGGAAGCAAGAUCCAUUGCUACAGGAAAAACAGGCUACAUCCCCAGCAAUUACGUAGCUCCUGCAGACUCCAUUCAAGCAGAAGAGUGGUAUUUUGGUAAGAUGGGCAGGAAGGAUGCAGAAAGGCUACUUUUAAAUCCUGGGAACCAGCGUGGUAUUUUCUUAGUAAGAGAGAGUGAAACCACUAAAGGUGCUUACUCCCUUUCCAUACGUGACUGGGAUGAGGUCAGAGGUGAUAAUGUGAAACACUACAAAAUCAGAAAACUUGACAAUGGUGGAUACUAUAUCACAACCAGAGCACAAUUUGAAUCUCUACAGAAGUUGGUGAAACACUACAGAGAACAUGCUGAUGGGCUGUGUCAUAAGCUAACAACUGUGUGUCCCACUGUGAAACCACAAACACAGGGACUAGCAAAAGAUGCCUGGGAAAUUCCUAGAGAAUCUUUAAGGCUGGAAGUUAAGUUGGGCCAAGGAUGUUUUGGUGAAGUAUGGAUGGGAACAUGGAAUGGAACCACAAAAGUAGCGAUCAAGACACUAAAACCUGGUACAAUGAUGCCAGAAGCUUUCCUGCAGGAGGCUCAGAUCAUGAAGAAAUUACGACACGACAAGCUUGUUCCACUCUAUGCUGUUGUUUCUGAGGAACCAAUCUACAUCGUCACUGAAUUCAUGACAAAAGGCAGCUUGCUAGACUUCCUUAAAGAAGGAGAAGGGAAAUACUUAAAACUCCCACAGCUUGUCGACAUGGCUGCUCAGAUUGCUGAUGGCAUGGCUUACAUUGAAAGAAUGAACUACAUCCACAGGGAUCUCCGGGCAGCUAACAUUCUCGUAGGAGACAAUCUUGUGUGUAAAAUAGCAGACUUUGGUUUAGCAAGGUUAAUAGAGGACAAUGAGUACACUGCAAGACAAGGAGCUAAAUUUCCAAUUAAAUGGACCGCUCCUGAAGCAGCAUUGUACGGUCGGUUUACAAUCAAGUCCGAUGUGUGGUCAUUUGGAAUUUUACUGACAGAGCUGGUAACAAAGGGGAGAGUGCCAUAUCCAGGGAUGGUGAAUCGGGAAGUUCUGGAACAAGUGGAACGUGGAUAUAGAAUGCCUUGCCCGCAAGGCUGCCCAGAGUCUCUCCAUGAGUUAAUGAAACUGUGUUGGAAGAAGGACCCUGAUGAGAGACCAACAUUUGAAUAUAUACAGUCUUUCUUGGAGGACUACUUUACUGCUACAGAACCACAGUACCAGCCCGGAGACAAUUUAUAAGCCAACAGUCUAUAUAACAUGCACAAAUCUGCCAAAUGUAAAAGACUUGCAAAGAAUUCCUGACGUCUAAAAGGAAUCAAAGGAAAGAAAAUCUUCGCUACUUUGCAUGCUCUUAAUGGCAAACUGGAAUUUCAUAAUGCAGUUGCACAAAACCACUUUUCAAGUGUUAUAAUCUAAUUUACCAAUGACAUGUUUUUAUUUUUUUUCCUCUUUCCCAACUUAUUUUCAGGGUCCAAAGGAAGCUUACUGAAAAUUCCGGGGUAGAAAAAUGUGUGUUGGUGUCAAUAAUAGCAGAAAACCCAAUGUUUCAAAUCCUUUAUUUUCCCAACAUUUGAUAAUCAUGCUGCAUUCCCCCCUACUACAGAGGGAAUUGUCUGGAAUUAGUGAUCUUGGGGUAAGACAUUUUUAAAGCAGAAGAACUUUGUGGGACCAAGCAAUUCUAUUCCAGUUCUGUAAAACUCCCUGUGUUCAAAAUUACUUGUGUGCCCCCAUCCCCACCCCCCUACCCCCAAAAGCAAAAAAAAAAAAAAAGAUGGUACAACUAUAACAACUAUAUUUGAUGCAUAGCCUUGAUCUCUAAGCUUCCUCUUGCACGGACUUAAUUAGGAUAGGCAGGUUAAAAGAGAAAUUGGAACAGUGAAUGAGAAACUUGAUCUAAAUGGUAGACCUCAAUAGUGAAAUUAGAGGGCAUAAUGCACUGUGUUAAUACUUGUAUUAAUGUAACUGGAAAGUAGCAUGAGAUAUUUUUCUUUUUUUCUUUCUGCGUAGCUAAUUAAGAAUAAUGAAGGUAACUAGAAAAUUGAGGUAAUAUUUUAUAAAAUUGUGUUGAUAAAGUAUGAUGAUAUUUGAACUUGAAGCUAUGUAAUACAAUCAGGGGGGGAAAGCCUUUAAUCUUUUAAUUAAUGCUCCAAUCCAACAGCGAGCUUUUGUAUGGGAAGACUACCUGAACAAAGCUUACCAGGAAAGCAAGACUGAAGCUGGUAAACGGACGCUCUAUAGUCCUUUUGCAGAGACAGGUUUGGUACUGUCGUAUGUGGCUUAUGUGUGUUAACAAGGGUGGGUGCCACCAAUGCCAGCUGUCACUAGUUCAGGGAUUUGAUUGCACUUUUGCUUUUCUUGACUAUUAAGACACACUCACACGCAGUUGCUCUUCCCGUUUCUGCCCUUCCUACAGAAUUAUUUAACUAAAAAUGAACAAAAGAAAAUGUGAAAGUUUGAAAGCUAAAAAGGGUAAAAUAUAUUUAAUAUUGUCCGAACGUAGUGACAUUGAAAUUUGCUGGCAUUCAGCCCAGCUGACACUACAUCGAGAUUUAUUUUCUUUGGCUACUGACAUAUCAAGCAAUAACAUCAUGUCUUUUACUCAACAGUUUGCAUGAGGUUCUUGAAUUUCUGAUCAAGCUUAUGUACUUCAAUUUUGAAACACUAAACUCUUACUUCGCUACCAGGUUGGAAUUCAUAUUAUCGUUGUAAAGCUAGCCAACAAAUGAAUUUCAGAAAAGCUGGUAAUAUAGUUCUGGUACUAAACUUCACAUUCUUCAUGGGUUUACACUACAUUGAAUCCAGCUACCAAACAGAUCUUUGUAAGAACAGUGCCAUCAUUUUUUGUUUUCCCUCAUCCUCGCUCAUCACCUAUACAUCUGUGGUUAUCAAAUUUUAAAAGGGCUUUACGUAAGAAAAACAAAAAUAAAACAAAAAAAAAACAACACAUACAAAAAAUAAUCAAAAAAACCCAAAAACUACAAUGGCAUUUUAAUUUUUCUAAAUAUUUUAAAAUUAAUAACACAAUCAUAUGAGUUUAUGUAUUAAUAGUUAUAACAAAAAAUGCCAAAACUGACACUGGCAUUGUUUGGAUUUUUAAUUACUGAAUGGAACAGUUCAUUGUAAUAACACUUGUAUAGUAAAGGAAUAAAACACUAACUUAACGAACGUGUUCAUUGUAAAUGGUUGUGUAUUAUAAGACUUCUCCAAAAGAGUUUGUAUGUUUAUGAAAAUUUAUUUGUUUCACCUGAAGACCUUGAUGUGGUUCUUACCCUAACAGAGUUUAAAAUUCACAUUCACACUUUUUAUAUAAAUAGUAAUAAGUUUAAUUAUGUAACUAAGUAUUUUUAUAAAGUAUGGCAUUGUUGAACUGUUUUGCAGAAU